GCUCCCACUGCAAUUUUAUGCUUCAUUGCUGUCGGAGUAUACUCCGUCGUUGUGCCUGCAGCGUCGAGCUGUGGCUUUCUGGGCUAUAAAUCCAGUACAACGGUUAUUCUAGGGAAGCAAAGCCAAUACAUAACGCAGCUAUCGCCCUCAGUGUAUCGAAAACAAAGUUAAACGCAACUAACGCAGUUCAAAAACUAGUCCAAUCAAAGUAAAUCUAAGGCCAAAACAUAUAUCCGAGAAUGCAGCCUAAAGCUAAAGUCGACGGUUGCAAGGCCCAUCUGAAGGAUUUAUCUCCUAUGGCGGCAGGAACUGAGACUACAAGUCGUUCAUCCACCCUUGAAAGUGAAUCGUUCUAUGAAAGCGGUAUCUUCAGUGGUGUUAAUCCAUCCACCUGGAAGAAAAUCAGAAGACUGUCAGCUGGAAGUAAGCUGUCCACGUAUUACUAUAUAGGCGCCGAAUUACGAGUAUGCGCAUCGUCAAAUAGGAAAACGUCUUCAAGGCCAGUACUAAGAGAUGUGAUUGAUCGGCGCACGGGAACCUCAAAAGUACUCAAAAUCAUCUCAAAAUCGAGGUUGCCUGGAGCUCCCGAUGGUCUCACCCACUGGAGGGCACUUUGUGAAAAGCUCCUCAACUUCAAACCAUCGCCAGGAAUUAUGCGCAUCGAGCAGGUGUGGGAAUCGGACUCGUCAUUCUAUAUCAUCACUGAAAAGCUUGGCGGUGGAGAGCUUUUCGAAUUUCUCCUAAAGGAGAAGGUUAUCCCUGAGGAUGUUUGUAAAUAUAUAAUGAAGCAAAUUUUCCAGGCUGUAGCACUCUUGCACAAUGAACAAAUGCUGCACAGAGAUAUCAAGCCGGAAAACAUUAUGUUCAGAAAUCCAACCAACUCUACACUCUCUGCAGCUGAAAGGUACGAACUGGUGCUAAUUGACUUUGACACCUGCAAAAUGACGGAUGCCGAUAACGCAGACAACACCGAUAUUGUAAAUGGAAAACGUAGGCUAGUUGGUACCUACGGGUAUUUGGCACCUGAAAUCCUACGUGGAGAGGAGUAUUCAACCGCCUCAGACAUGUGGUCAAUUGGCGUGGUACUAUACAUCCUAAUGACGGGAGUGCCACCGAUUACAAUGGAUAAGAUGUAUGACGCCAAGUCAAGCCAUGCAGUGCUCACUGCAGCGGAGACUACGGGGAUCGACUUCAACAUGCCGCCACUGGCAGAAUUCCCAUUAGCUCGCGAUCUGUGCCGAAGGUUACUGUGCUUCGAUCGCACGAAGCGUAUUACCAGUGCAACCGACGCCUUGGCACACCCAUGGCUAGUGGGUCUUGCCAAUGCAUUCGAUAGAAGCUUGAACCUGAAUAGCUACCCAAUGACAGACCACCGUGACAGGCGCCAGGAUGCUGAAGAAAACUCUUCUGGUGGGUAUAUAAGGAGCCUAUUUGGUAGUCGCAAUGCCAAAACAGCAGGUAACGGCAAUAACACCACCUCUUCAUAUAAAAGAAGCGAUGGCCGGAACAUGCCAUAUCUGCAGUGCUCCCAUGACACAAACAUAGAAGAAGGAAGGGCUACCAAGCGCCCGCGCACAAUGGCACAAAUGCCGCAGCGGCAGUUCUGUGUUUCACCCAGGAACGCUGCCCUUAUCGCACCAACUACUCCCGGAGCAGUUAGGUGCUGACAGCAGUACAGAAUCGUUGAACAGGUGCAGCUUUGAAAAGGAAAGCGCACUUUUACAAAACAAGAGCGCUCUCACCCCUGAACGUAGUUCAUGUACAUUACAUCUAAUAUACGUAAAAUACAGCGUGCUAAAAAACAGUACAUACUUGACAAACAUAACUGA